CAUUAUUAUACGCAUCUUGCUUCUUUUCCACUCUAAGCAAGUUCAUGACUGGUUUCUCCCAGAGGGAGAAACAGAUGAUGGAGUUUACACAGAACAUAGACAUCGAGACUGAGAAUUUCUUCCUCAAUUGCCCAAUUCCUGACAAAAAUAUAGACAAUCUUGAGAAGGCUCAAAAGGAAGAGAAGCUAAAAUCAAUACAGAUAAAGGAAGCUCAAGGGGAUAACUAUUGCAAAGACAUUAUUGAGGGUCUUAGAAAUUUGUUAGAGGAUCGUAAAUCUGCAGUUAGAGAAACUCUCAACUUCAUUAUGGGUACUGAUGAAGCUGCAGAACUGAUAUGAGACAUCCUAUUCCGCAAGCAAAAUGUUAUCUCCCAAAUGUCAAAGAUUUGAUACAACAACUUCAAAGAAAAAAAGUUUAAAGGCGAGGAGAGAAAUUAUGAACAUCUUCAAAGGACCCUUAUUCACGAAGGUAAUGGCAAGAUGAUCGAGAAGAUCAAUCUAAAGGGCGAUGAGAGUGCAGGACUUUCUGAUUCAGAAUGUAAUUUUGGUGAGACCAGAAUUGAGCUUGAUAAAGAAUUAGACAAUUUUAAGUUAGAUAUAAACCUCAAGAAGAGACGUAAGAAGAUGAUUUCUAAGUAUUACGAUGACUUUAAGAAUCACCCAGAGUACUUGGUAAAUCCCCAAAAACCUUGGAGAAUAAAGUUUAAAUCAAUGUUUGACUACAUCACAUGGAUUGUUACAAGGAGAGAUUACCCUAAAUCUGACCUCGUUCCUAAGCCAGCUACCGCUGCUGGAAUCAGAAGUCAUUGGAACCUGUUACCAGAGGAGGAAAGACAAGAACAUCAGAAGAAAUUUAAAGAAGUAAUUACCGAGCAAGUUGAAUUUGAUUUAGCAUAUGAGCGCUUCUAUGAUAAGGUCUUAAGCGAGUACAGAAUCACACGGGAUGAUUUCUUUAUCAAACUUAAUGGGUUGCCUGAUAUCACUAAACACCCAUGCCAAGUCUAUAUGAGGAACUUUAUCAAGAAGUACAAAAAAAGAUUGGGAGAAGGUCCCUACAAUAAAGAGAUUUAAUUUUGAGUCCAUCUUGUUUGACUAUGACAAGUGGGAUAGCAGGUGGAGUCAGUAUGAUAUUUAUCAACACGAGCCAUUGGAGCUAGAGUAUUUCGAUGAAGACAAAACAGAGGACAAUCAGGUUACCAUGAUGGAUAAGUUUUUCAAUGUAGGAGAUCUUAGUAGUACCAGUACUGAGUAUACAUACGAUAGUGAAGAAGCUAGCAGCUAUUGGGAAACCAGUGCCGGGAGUGAGAGUAGUAGCACAGGUAAUACUGCCACUGAUUCAGACAGCAUUGAGAUACCGGUAUUAGAUUCGAAUAAAGAAGGCCGUGGUAAAAAGAAAAUGAAAAAAUCGAUAAAAUUAACUUGUUCAGUUGUAGAUCAGAAAACUAACACAGCUUCUCAUCUAGCAGAUAAAGAGAUUGAUAAAAAGAUAGAUAAGAUGAUAAUAGACUUAGUGCAAAAAAUGGAAGAAAAUGGUGAUACAACUGAUAUAGAGGCUCUUCGGCCUGAGAAUCCACCAAAACCAGCCGAAAAUAGUUCGAAAAACUCAAAGCAAUCAAAGCCUGAAAAGCUACCUGUUCCUCCAAAUCUUAAGGGUCCUGUUUCAUCUACUGCUACUGUGUUUCCUAUUCCUCCUAUGCUAUCUUGUCCAGAGGGUGCUAAAAUGAUGCCUUUAGGAGGGAUUCAGCCUUUAGCUUCUUCUCCAAAUCCUCAGCCUUUAUUCAACAUUGAGAAGCCAACUACGAGGCCUAAAGAGUAUGGGAUUUAUGCUGACCAAAUGAGAGUUGAUAUUUCUUCAAGACACAAGAAGAAAGGAUAAGCUUCUUCAGAUGUGGCUUUAGA